UGAAUUACGUGACCAUUUGUAUAGGCGUUAUAUGUUCCGUAUUGUCAAUUGUGACGUACUAUUCAACUGACAGCAAUAUAGUGAUUAUUAGAAUAAUCAAACCGCUCAUGUAGCGAGAACCGGAAGCGCCGACUGCCAGGGGAGGAGAGUGGGCGACUACGUAGAAAUAUCUGCGCAAGCGUCUUUGAAAGACAUAAUGUGAGUUACAGCGCUAACUGCUAUGGAAGGUUGAGUGGUGUGGUGGACCGUUGUGAUGACACUGUAGACAUGUCACCUGUGCACCAGGUAGUCAAUAGAAGCUGUCCCUGUGGUGACACGGGCUGGAGAACAUCCUACUGAGGCUGCAGACAGGUCUGAGGGACAACCAGACCUCACAGGACAAACACUCACAGCCAAGGUCUAAGGGGGAUCCCUGUGGAAAAUGGCAACAAGGGUAACACUGGUGUGACAGUGCAGGAAGAAAGCUGACUCUCCCGUCUGUUAACCCCCGCCCUUUGGCAGAUGCACCUAGGAGAGCACCUUGCUCCCCUCAAGCUGAAGCUACACUUGCAAUGCUAAAAGCCCGGAUGAUGAUAUGCCACUUGAACUGAGCACACCUACUGCUGUCUACUCAACAUCAACAACAGAAACAGGCAAAGGGAAGAGCACAACCAACCCGAGAAAGCGAGAGGAACACAACACAAGCUUUGACCAAAGUUGAACCAACACAGCACCAAGACCUCCGUUAACCUAAUUCUCUUGUGACACCAGGGGGGGGGGGUCACUCUAACUGGUUUCCCCAUUCUGCUUAGUGCCUGUCCCCCAGACCAUGAUGUUUCGCGACCAGGUGGGUGUCCUGGGAAGCUGGUUUAAGGGAUGGAAUGAGUGUGAGCAGACGGUGGCUCUGCUGUCGCUGCUGAAGCGGGUGUCGCGGACCCAGGCCCGUUUCCUGCAGCUGUGUCUGGAGCACAGCCUGGCCGAAUGCACCGAGCUCCACGUGUUGGAGGGGGAGGCCAAUAACCCAGUGGUGAUCAGCCAGUGGCAGGGCGAGCCCAAGGAGCGCGUCAUCUCCCUGGUCCUCACCCACCUGCCCCUGCUCAAGCCAGGCAACGUCGAAGCCAAGGGCGAGUACAUGCGCCUCCUCCCACGCAUCCUGGCGCACACCAUCGACCAUGGCCGCCACCUCGAAGAGUCACGGCAGCUCCUCUCCUACGCCCUCAUCCACCCGGCCACCUCGCUGGACGACCGCGCCGCCCUCGCCCUCUGGCUCAACCAUCUGGAGGAGCGCGCCGCUGCCCGGGGUGACUCGUUGGAACGGCCACCCCCCGCCCCGGCCUCACUCCAUCAGACGACCCCCUCGACACACUCCUUGUCGGGGUCCAGUUGGAGUUCCUCAGGGAGCCACCUGGGUCAGCUGUACCACCACCAGCGCUACGGCUCGGAUGAUAGGCUCAACGGCUGGCAGGGGUCCAGGGACUCGGGAUUGGGCAGUGGUUGGCACCAACAGCAGCAGGGGCAUGGAGGGUGUGAGAAUGGCGGGCACCUGGCACUCUACCCGUCCUCCUCGGUGCCUGGGAGUAUCAACACGGUUGGCACGGGCGGCAGCAUCCUGUCCGGCGGUGGCGGCGGGCAGCACAGUCCCCUGAAGCGCUCGGUGUCCCUCACCCCCCCGAUGAGCGGCUGCUCCUUGGCCAGUUCCUCCUCCUCGUCGGGCGGCCAAGCCCUGGGCCUGGGUCAUGGUUGGAUCUCCCAGGAGGACCUGCGCGGUCCCCGAGGAGGAGGGCUGGGGCUGGCCCCCACCGACCCUCACCACGCUCCCCUCUCCCCUCAGAGCAGCGUAGCGUCGUCGGGCAGCGGCGGCAGUGAGCACCUGGAGGAUGGAGGAGGCUUGCACCGCAGCAGCACAUUCCACGAGGAGGGCAGCUGCAUGAGGGUCUUUCCCUUAGAUUAUUGUCCAGGCGUGGCGCAAAGGCCCCCAAAGCAACAUCCAGGCCCUCUGGGAACCAACAGAGUUGGGCAGGGGGGCCUGCCCCAGCUUUACAAUGAUGUGCCAGCCUGGCUGAAAAGCCUCCGUCUCCACAAAUAUGCGGCGCUCUUCUCCACCAUGACUUAUGACGAGAUGAUGUCACUGACCGAACAGCAGCUGGAAUCACAGAAUGUCACCAAAGGGGCACGGCACAAGAUAGUGAUCAGCAUUCAGAAGCUGAAGGAGCGUCAGAAAAUGCUGCGUUGCCUAGAGAAGGAUGUGUUGGAGGGCGGUAACCUGCGUGGCCCUCUCGCCGAGCUCCACCAGAUGAUCCUGACGCCCAUCAAGGCGGUGGCCAGCGAUGAGUCGUCCCCCAGCUCGCCCUCCUCGACUGCACACAGGCCCCUGUUGAGCCCAGAGGGGAAGAGCAGCACCGCCCCGGGAGGAGGGGAGGGGGAGACGGGUACCACACUCAUCGCCGAGGGGGACAUCCCUGGCCAGUUCACCCGCGUCAUGGGCAAAGUUUGCACACAGCUCCUGGUGUCCAGGCCCGACGAAGAGAACAUCAGCUCCUACCUGCAGCUCAUAGACAAGUGCCUUCUUCACGAGGCAUUCACAGAGACGCAGAAGAAGCGACUGUUGUCCUGGAAACAACAGGUGCAGAAGCUGAUCCGCUCCUUCCCCAGGAAGACCCUCUUGGACAUGGCCGGCUACCGGGCACAGAGGAGGUAGGUUAUAGACCACGUGCACACACACAGGCACAGAGAGAGAGGGUGAGGCGGUCGCAGAGAGAGAGAAGGU